AUGGCCGGAGGAGGACGCUUGGUCGUCGGUUCGCUCGCCCUGCUGUGUUCGCUCUUCUGCCGCUGCGGUUCCUUUAAUCUGGAUGUGGACAAACCGUCCGUGUUCUCCGGACCCGAGGGGAGCUACUUCGGCUUCUCGGUGGACUUCUUCCAGACCCCAACCAACCAAAAGUAAGAAUGAGUACAACAUUUCAACCUCUUAUUUUCAGGUUAAAAUCAUUAAAACCUUCAGAUUAAACUCCAUCUUAAGUUCAGACGGUGAUGUUUCACUGAUGUUAAAGUUAUACUUGUUUUUAUAAAAGGUCUGUAACUGAAUAAAAAUGAGGACAAAGAGGGAGGUCAACAGCAGAACUGAAACCCAAACUAAACACUAACACUUUCAUAUUAAAGCUCCUGUCAGGGACUUUUUCAGUCUGAUGAUUUUGGCGCCCCCUGUGGACAAAGUGAUACCUCAUCAAAUCAUAAUAACAACAACAAUAAUAAUAAUAAUAAUAAUAAUAGGGCCUAGCCAGUAUGAAUUUUUUGGGGCUGAUGCCAAUACUGAUUAUGAGGGGAAAAAAAUCAGAUUAAUCUGCCAAUUUAUUAAAAAUUUUAUGAAGUUAUAAAAAUAUAUCCUGUAGAUAUCUGCUGUAGGUUCUUGCUCUUCACGCCGUCAGGAAGACCGACUGAUCAAACUCGGACCAGAAAAGCGUUGAAGUGAAACGGAACCUUAUUCUCCGCAUUUCAUUUCUUGAGAGAGAGUUCUGGCCGAUUACCGAUUAUCUAAAACGGGCUAAAAUUGGCCGAUUUAAUCUGCUCACCGAUAAAUCAGUCGGGCCCUAAAUAAAAAUUAUACAUUUUAUUUAUAAGCACCUCUCUGGGCACUCAAGGACACUUUACAGAGUAAAAACAGUUUGGAAAUAUCAGCAUCAGUUCUGUGUGUUUUCCGUUUUUUUUUAUAAUAAUCUAUAAUAUAAUCUAUGGUGGUGUUUGUUGCUUCUUCAGUUUCCACGGUUCGUCUGUCGUACCUGAACCUGUAUUAUAUUAUAUUUAAGAGAGGGUGUAGAGUUUGUCAUAUUUGGCUGUAACAGUUCACAGUCGGCCUGUUGUUAAAGGGUUUAACCUCCAAACAGAUUUAAUCAGCUAAACUUGCGACACUGAAGUCUUAACUCUGAUGUAACUCGAGCCGCGGUCAAAUAAAGUUUGUUUUUCACACGCUCAGAGAUGAGGAUGAUGAUGAUGAUGAUGGAGGGUUGUUGUGAAACAGCUUCUGAAGAAAACUAGUCCUCCGUCGUUUCCACUUUUAGACAGAACUGGUCAUGAUUCAGACGUCAGUAUCUCUGUCCAUGUUUCCUGCUGAAGGUCUGUGAUAAGAAAAACAGGCGGUACGUCAUCCUCUUCUCCUCCGUGUUUGUAACUUUGUUUUGUUCAGAACUCGGAGACACUUUGUUCCCGUUUACUUGAAGUUAAACAUAAAGACGUAGUUUGCUGUCAUUAAGAAGAAUCACAGAAAUACUUAGUUUUAUUCUCUCUUUAAAAACCUUUGAGUUAUUCUACUUUAAACAGUUUGGGCUGAUCGUUUAAUCUUUAACUGCAGUAAUUAAGGUGAAGUGCAAACACAGAAACACGUUAAACAGACUAUGGUUUAAUUAGGACUGAGCAAUUUGGCAAAAGAAAUGAUCACGAUAUAUUUCGUCCGAUCUCGAUUAUUAUCAUGAUUUUUUUAAACUGUCAGUUUUGAAGCAUCUGAACUAAAAACUAAAGAAACUAGAGAUUAGUUCAAGAUUUUAUUUAACAUACAAAGUAACAAAGGCGCACCAUCAAUGAACGCGUCUAUUUUCAUACAUAAGGCACUCUGGAUCAUAAAACGCAUUAAACCAAACAAAGCGCUCCGACAAACCAUCAGGCUGUGCAGCUUUGUAGUUUACUGAAGUCGUCAUGAAACGUUUUGACAGAUUUUUGAGAAAAUCUGUUCGAAGUCAGUAAGAACAACCAGAAUUCAGACAUGAGGAGCACUGAGGAGUUCUGAGAAAAUAUUUUAACAGUUAAUAAGUUAAAUAAGAUAAACUUAUCCGAUGAUCAAUAACUUUUCUUCUCAACAAUAACGUCUUCGGAGGAUGACUCAAAGUCACGGCUGACGUCUAUUUUCCUGCCCUCAGCUCCAAAUUCAGCUCCACAUUCGGUCAUUCUGUUUACUUUUUCGACAAAUUACAGAAGUGAGCAGGAAAAGCUCGACUCUGAUUGGCUGUUGGCACACAUAUGUUUGAUUGAGUAAAUAUCUCUCGGUCGUCCUCAGACGAGCUUCCAUCGAAGUCUCCAUACAGAGCUUUCAGCUCCUGCAUCCUUCUUCAGGACGUCCACAUACGUUAGCGCUGAACGUCCUGGCGAACGAUGACGACAGACUUCACAGUGGCGUGGAAUAGGUUCAGCUUUAUGUGUCUGUAGAGAUUCGAGCGUCAUAAUCUGGACAUACAGGUCAGGCAGAUGGUCCAUGUGGGAGUUAUCAAUAAUAUAAAUAUUACCCAUAAAUAGGCUGUAUAAUCUAAAAGAUCUGCUCACAGCUGAUCACCAUGAUCAAACAGAAGUUUAUCACCAUCAUCGAUCACGAUCAUCUACUCGCUCAGUCCUAGGUUGACCAUCUCUCAGCAGCUCCUCUCCAUCAUCUUCAGAUUCACAUGAUUUUAAUGUUUUAAUCAGAUUUCAGAAAACAGCUGAUCCUCCUCCUUCUUCUCUCAGGGUUUCAGACUGACUCUAAUGUGGCUCUCUGUGGAUUCAUGUUUCCUUUCCUCCCUUGUCUCCUUUCCUCAGGUCAGAUGUUCUGGUCGGAGCUCCUCGGGCGAACACCUCGGCCCCCGGCGGCGUGGUGGAGAGGGGCGCGGUCUACAGCUGUCCCUGGGCUGGUUCCUCCUCCUGUCAGCAGCUGGUCUUUGACAGCUCAGGUACGAUGAUGAUGAUGUUUGAUGAUCUUCUCAGGAGCUUCAUCUCCUCAGACUCACACUGUGGUGGUGUUUGUUUCUGAGAGGGGACAGGGUUCUUGUAGGACUCACAGGAGGGUUCAGGGUCAGCAGCAGCUCUGGAGGACGUUUGUACCCGGUUGCCCCUAAUAGGUUAAUAAACAAGUCCAGACUGCUGUGGGACUCUGUCAGCUGGUCAGAGUCUGUGCAGGUCUGUAGACCACAGAGGUGACACAUGUUCAUGUCCACCGUCCAUGGAGAAGGUCCAUCAGGGUUAUGUGGAUGUGAAGUUUGAUCAUGAAUGAGAGUGUGACUGAGUUAGAGGGAUCAGACUGAGAGUUCCUCAUGUUGACCUCCUGAUAGGAGACCUGAGCAGCUUCACAGACUAUUAGAGGAUUAGAGAAUAAAGGUUCAGCUCCUGGCUCUGUGUCCUCCUCCUCCUCCUCCUCCUCCUCCUCCUCCUGUGCAGACACAUUCAGGAAUGUUGGGGAGCUGGAUCUGUGUGGGCUUGUCUGCUCUCCUGGUUCCUGCUGCAGCUCUCAGAGUUUUGAAGAAGAGGAGUUUUCUCUCCAGACUCAGAGUGUUAAAAUAACUAAAGUCACGGAGACGCAGCUCUGCUCUCAGAGUGGGCGGGGCUUCCUCAGACCAGCAGUGGUGGUUAAUGUUAAAGUCAGGAUGAACCUUCAUAUCUGAGAGUGAUCUUCAGGAGAAGGACGUGGAGACAGUCAGAGGAGGCUCUGACUGACAGCUGCUCACUUAUCUUCAUGUGGAGGAGGAAACAGUCGGGGAGCGUUCAGCCUGUUUCCUGUGAGACAAACUCAAACUCUGACCGACUGUUGGAGGAAAAAUAUGUGGAGUGUGGAGGUCGGAGGUCAGAGAGCUUCAGGGCGUUUUAGCAGAGCCGGUCCGAGCCUCAGUGGGGCCCUCAGCAAAGUUUGAUACUGGGGCCCAUUAUAUUGAUUAUUGAUCAUUGACACACCUUCACAAAUCUCUUUGAUUAACAUUCCCUGACAUGCAAACAGACCUGCGCACAGUUCUGCUCAGCUGUGGAUCAGAUCAUAGACCGUCUGUCUCCUCUCUCUGAGAACAGCGCCCUCUGGUGACGGGCUGCAGUAUAGGUCAUAAACCCCGCCUCCUUAUGGAGCUGUGGACAAACUUUAUAAAUGAAUGACACAGAAUAUAAAUGUUUCUCCCCCCUGGUUGUGAUGUUGACAUGUAGUUACUGUCAGACUGGUUUGUGCUCAAGUCCUCUUUUUUCUGUACAGCUCCAUUUUUCACGUAUCGCCCAGCUCUAUCGCUCUGAUAGUCCUCCUGUCAGUCGCUCCUCUUCAGGGCGGAGCCUCGGCUGUUUCCUGUCCUGAAGGUCAAAAAGACAGUGGUCUCUCUCAGGAUCAGGUCUGAUGGUCAGACCUGAUCCUGUAGAGAUCCAGACUGACCUAAAGCGCUAAAUGAUCAUCUUCUGCUGCUGAACAUCUUGACUCCUCUGUGUGAUGAUGAACCAUGGUUUGGUGUUUACUGGGUUUACUGGGUUUACUGGGUUUACUGCUUCAUGUCUGAUAGUCUGACGCUCAAACAGGAUCUAGGAGACGAUGGUUUCAAAAUCAGGUCUGAUCCUCGGCUGAGUCAGCGUCCUGCCCACUCAGUUUCCAGCUCACCUGAGACCACAGUCCUCCUCCUCCUCUUCCUCCUCCUCCUCCUCAGACGGGCUCAGAGCUUUCCUCAGGAGAUCCUGAUCUGGAUCAAUCGUUUCUGAGGAGGAGGUGAAGGUCCACUGAGAUGAUUCAGGAGGAGGAUCAGUGAAGAAGGCGUGUAGAUCUGAGCUCCUCUUUUAAUCCAGGGGGCGCUCUAACCUCCUGCAGUUUGACUCUGUAAGUGUUUCCGUCACAGACUGAAGAGUCUUUAAUAAAAACCUGCUGCUCUCAGACCUCCUACAGCAGGACCCAGAGAGAGGACCCAGAGAGAGGACUGAGACCCUCAGGGAGUCCAGAUGAGGAGAUCCAGAAGAACUGAACCAGUUUCCAUGAGGACUGAAGGAACGAGAGAACAUCUCAGUUUAAAGCAGGAGAAAAUAAGUCGAGUGAAAAAGUCCAAAACAAAGUUUAAAGUGGAGGAUUCAGGGUUUAACAGAAACCGGGUCACUGCAGUUAUCCUGAACCUUCACAGACUCAAACCUCAGGUCUCAUCUCCUCUCAGAUCUUCACGAGUUUUUCUCAGAGAUGAAAAAGUUUUCAGACGAGAAAAAAAAUCCUCUUAAAAAAACACAAAUAAAAAAAAAAACAGAGAAAAACACCAACAGCAGAUAAACAAACGAACAGCAGGAGUGUGUGAAGGGAGGUUGUUUGUGUGAGUUUGUGUGUGUGUAGCUGUGAGUUGUGUAGGGCCUGUUUAGUAGUCUGUGGCAGACCUCAGCCAUGAAAGCAGGAAGUAAACACACCACAGUCUAACAGAGAGAUACCCUGCCCCCUACACACACACACACACACACACACACACACACACACACACACACACACACACACACACACAGAGGUGUCGAUGAAGCAGAGUUUCUCUAAACUCUCUCAGACUCUCAGCGUUAGUCUGGAUCCAUCUGCAGGUUUUCAGAGACUUAAAGGGAUAAUCCGCCGUAAAAUGAAGUUACACCGUAACCCCGAGUUAGACCCCGCCCCCUCCAGAGAUGAAUGUUGUCGACCGCUUGCUUCUCUAGUUAUACCAACUUUAGUAACGACCGCAGGAUAGAAAUACAGAGAGACACGCCCUCAACAAAAACGCCACUCUAUAGCCACAAAUAAUGCUCAGAACAGCACCUAACUUCAUAGUGAGACCUCGGGCCAGUCCAUUACAGACUACAGCGGGGUGCCGCAGCUCAAGGAAGAACAUUUAUGAUCAUUUCUUCAUGGAAAUACAAUCAGACCGAGACGCUAAGACAGAAGAACUACCGCGUCUGUAAAAUGAUUAAUAUGGUGAUUAUUACUUCAAGGAAAUGAUAAAGAAAUGAUCAUAAAAAGUAAAAAAUAUGAAUUUUUUUUUAAUAAAAGUAAAUAAAUAUGAAAAAAGUUAAUAAAAAUAAGUAACUUUAAUUUUGAAUAAAAGUAAAUAAAAUAAAUUAAAGCAAAUUAACACGAACAAAGAGUGAAUAAAUGUAAAUAAAAGUAAGUUAAUCUGAAUAAAUUUGAAUAAAUCUAAAACCUCUGACGGUUAAACUCUCAGUUAUUAUGGACCCAAAAUAAGAGGAUCAAUACUGCUCUCUCAUGCUGCGUCUGUCUGUGAGCGGCCUACUUAUGUCACUGUGUGUGUGUGUGAGUGUGUGUGUGUGUGUGUGUGUGUGUGUGUGUGUGUGUGUGUGUGUGUGUGUGUGUGUGUGUGUGUAUUUGUGUGCACACAAUAGAGCUCUUUGUUGUUGUGACCUGCGUGAUUUCUGGCCAAAUCUUUACUGGACCACAGAGCAGAAUGACCUGGAAUAUUUCUGUGUGUGUGUGUGUCUGUGUCUGUGUGUGUGUGUGUGUGUGUGUGUGUGUCCCUAUAAUAGCCGGACUCUCUCAGAUGUGUGUUUGUCUGAUACCAACAGUGUUUUUCUGUGUUUGUGACUCAGUCUGACCCUGGUCCUUCAGUCUGACUUAUUCAGAGCGGAUACCAAGAACUGAUCAUCAUCAUAAUAAUAACAACAAUGAUAAUAAUAAUAAUAACAAUAAUAAUAAUAAUAAUAACAAUAAUAACAAUAAAAAUAAUAACAAUUAUUAUUAUUAUUAUUAUUAUCAUAAGUGUUUUAUUUUUCAGAUGUUGCACUCAAACCCAAGUCCAAAUUUUGACACAAACAGAAAUGUGACUUUAUUUUGAAAUUCUAACCUGAAAAGUCCCAAAAAAAAGAAAUUUCUGACAUCAGUUUUAAGUCAGAAUUAUGAGGAGAAAAUAGAAUCUAAAAGAAGUUAAAUUAAAAAAACUGAACUGAGAAAAAGGAGAUUUUAUAAUAACUGUAAAAAUGAGAUUUCUGUUAAGAGAAAGGUCAUCACACAGGUAACACUCAUCACACACACACACACACACACACAGGAGGACAGCGUCUGUCUUCAGCCGGAGUUUCCCUCCAUGGCGGGAAAAUCCCCAAUAUUUCCUCCCUGUCCUCCUCGCCGUCUGAGUCCAAUCAGGCUGAAGUCUUAGUUCCUCUCUGAUCAUCACAGACACACACACACACACACACACACACACACAGACACACACACAGACAGACGUUGGUGUUGGACUUUUCUGUCUCUGAGUGACCUUCAGUUAUUCUGGAUUUUCAUCAGCUGUUUCUCUGUCUGUUAGUCUGUCUGUAAACUCUGACAGACUGAAGUCAGUCCUUCUGUCCUCAGAGUCGUUUUUCCUCCUCCUGCUGUUUUCAUGUUUCUCUCUGUAAACUCUCUCUGCUCACUGAAGAUGAAGUUUAUUGAUCGACUCGUUUUAACUCUGAAAUCUCUGACCUUAAUUCGUUCCUCGUGGAAGUCAUAACUGCUGAUUUAAUCAGAGAUCUUUGAUGAAACACAGUCAGGGACUCUUCCUCUGUCGUCUCCAUCAGACUCAUGGAGACCUUUUCCUCAUAAUUUCACUUUUUAUUUCAUAUUUCUGACACUGAAAAUUUCACUGAGCAGAGCGUCCUUAUCUUUCUGAUCGUCUCUGUCGUUACUCUGGGCUAAUUACUGUUGUCUUGACCAAUCAGAAUCAAGAAUUUAAACAGCUGGGCAGUUAGUUAGCAUGAAAACAAAUUAUCAAUAAUAAUAAUAAUAAUAAUGAUAAUAAAUCAAAGUGAUAAUGUGAAAUGAUGAUGAAUGUAAAAACAUCUGAGCGCUCACAGAAGUCCGAACUCUGACUCCUCACCGUGUGACUCAAAGAUUCAUCCUCUCCACCGUGUGUGUGUGUGUGUGUGUCUAAACUACAGUCCAGGUUUAGAGUGUCUCAUGAUGGAUAAAGAGUAAAUAUACAUUUUUAUAUAUUUGAUUUUGCUUCUUUAUUUAUCAGUUUUCCUCUUUGUUCAGAUUUUCCUUCUUUGUUCUUUUUUGGGGUUUAAGUUUUUUUUUUGUGACUUAAAUAAACUCUAGUCGGCUCUUUUUUUCCUUUCAGGUGGUUUUUUGGUCUAUAAAAUUGUAAAAAGUGAAAUAAAUCUGAUAGAGACAAACAGACUGGAGGACAAACGUUUAGCAGCUUUAUUUAGUCAGAUUUUCAAAUAUUAAACUCAUCGUUUGUUUCUUCAUCCCUGUGAUUUUUACUCUCCUUGAGUUUCUCUGUUUGUUGUGGAAUUAUUUCAGGAGAUAAAUCAGUUUGAUCUGAAUCAGAUUAAACUGAUUAUUGUGUUGAAAUGAGGGUUAAUCUGAGAGAGAAGGAGGAGGAGGUCUCACUCUGUCUGAGCUCUUCGGUCGUCUGAAAGAGUGGAGGGUCUUACCCCACUGAAGAUCUUUGUCCAAGUUUCUGAGUGAAAAUAAAAACACAGAAGUGAAACUUGGACUCAGAGACGUCUGUGGAUUUAUCUGGAAAAGACGAUUAAAUCUUUUAUCAGAGCGGAGAGACGAAAUCUUUGUUUUCUGUGUUUUUGAUUUUAUAUAAGCUGUAAAUCAAUAAUUAAUCAAAGUUUUCCUCUGUGUGUGUGUGUGUGCGUGUGUGCGUGCGUGCGUGCGUGUGUGUGUGUGCAGAUGACAGGAAGAACGGUGAAGGAGCUCAGAUGGAGUUUAAAUCCAAACAGUGGUUCGGAGCUUCGGUUCGAUCUGACGGACAGCACAUCCUGGUGAGUGAGACUCUGAUUAAGUUCCUGAUGGUUCUGGUUCUGGUUUAAUAAAGUUCCUGAUGGUUCUGGUUCUGGUUCUGGUUCUGGUACUCUUCGUGAGUUCAUGAAUCUGAGACAGACGGGGACUCUGAACCGACACAGAGGACUGUCAAAGAUUCACGUCUCCUGUAACCUGGUCUUCGCUUUAAUCAUUAUAAAAACUCCAACAUGUUUAAUACGGACGUUUCACUUCUUCACCAAAUAAUUAUCACAGCUUCAGAAUAAAAGCACAGUGUGGAAACAAGGGUGGUCUCUGCAGAUCAAGCUUUUAUUUUGAAAUUCAUUUGCACCAUUUUCCUGUUGAUUUUUACUGACAGAGAAAUGAGUAACCCUCAGUCAGACAGCAGGAACCUUUUCACUGCAGCGUCACUGUUUCAGUACUUUAACUCGUAACACUGUGAAUUCAUGAAGGUUUGAUUUUCUCAUGUGCGUGCUCUCUCUCUCUCUCUCUCCAGGCGUGCGCUCCUCUGUAUCAGUGGUCGACAUUUGGCGUGUCGGAGCGAGAGCCUGUGGGGACGUGUUACCUGAUGAAAGAAGGGAAGGUGGUGGAGUACUCGCCCUGCAGAUCAGGUACAGGUUUUAUUUUCAGUAUUUAGUCUGAUCCAACAAAGACUCAGACAACCAUGACGCUGAUAUAUGAGGAAUUUAAGACAACAUAUGAUGAUGUAAAACACGUAAUGUCCCUUUAACGGGUCUCCCUGUUUCUCUGUCCAGGUGCGAACUCUCCUGAAGGUCAGGGCUUCUGCCAGGCUGGAUUCAGCGCCGACUUCCUGAAGGUGAGAAAUCUGACGAUAUUCGGCGCCUAAAACCUGUUUUUGUGUCAAAGUAAAGUCGGAGUUUAACGUGAGGUCUGAGUCUGUUCCAGAGAUCCAGAUUAAAGGGACAGUUCAGUAUUUUAAUGUGAGCCUGUAUGAAAUAAGAAUAAUGAUCUGAUGAGUUCAUGUGAACUGAAGAGUCUGAGGUUUAGAGUCUGACCCUGCAGGACUGAGGCCGGAAACAUGUGUGGGUGUCCAGCCGAGUGUGUGUGUGUGUGUGUGUGUGUGCGUGUGUGUGUUUCUCACUCAGGGUGGAGGUGUUAUACAUUACCUCACACACACACAUGUGUUCUGUUCUUUACAUUUGUCUACAAAGAGAGAGAGAGAGAGACAUCUAUUCUCUGUCUGUCUGUGUUUGUUUUCAGAAGGAGAGCAGGGUGGUGAUUGGAGGACCGGGGAGCUUCUACUGGCAGGGUGAGUGUGACACUGUGUGUGUGUGUGUGUGUGUGUGUGUGUGUGUGUGUGUGUGUGUGUGUAAUAACAGUUUAGGGUGAAGCUUAAACUGAUAAUCACCGAGAGGAUCAUCACAACAUAGAUCUUCUAUUACCGUAAUGACCCUAAUAGAAGACCAAACAGGAGUGAUUGUUGUUCACCCUCAGGAGGAAAAUCUCCCAGAAUCCCCUGCUGCAGCGUCCUGUCUGAGGUCUGUGGUGAUGUGGGUUUUUGGUUCUGCUGGAUCAGCAUGAUUAGAGGGUCAUGGUGGGCCCAGCAGGACCGUCCUCGUGGUUUACAGGCUCACAGACAGACUGCUGAGUCAGCAGUCUGUCUGUGAGCCUCAGGAGAAAAAUAAAAAUAAAGAAAUAACUAAAAAAUUUGUUCAAAAUUAAAUGAAAAAAAUUAAAAUAUUGGAAAAAAAUAAAAAAUAAUAAAAAAAUGAUAAAAAACAAUUAUAAAAACUUUUUUUUUAAGUUAGGAGGUUCAGUUUUAUACAUAAAUAAAAAAAUAUAUUUAAAAAAUGAUAAAGAAGUAACUAAAAAUAUAUAAAAAAUUAAUUAAAAAAAUAAAAUGAUAAAAAAUUAAGCAUAAUUUUAAAAAAUUAAACAUAAUUUUAAAAAAUUAAAAUAAUAAAAGAAAAUUGUAAAAAUUAUAAAAACAAUAAAUAAAAAUAGGUUAGGAGAUUCAGUGAGAAUAUAAAUACAUAAAAUAUAUUUAAAGAUUAAAAAAGAUAAAGAAAUAACUAAAAAAAUAUAUAAAAAAAUUAGAAAUUAAGAAUAAUGAAAAAAGUAAACAUAAUUAAAAGAAAUUAAAUUGUAAAAAUUUAAAGGAGAUUCAGAAUUGUGAUAAUGUUCUGUUCGAUGUACAGAGCUGUCAGCCCGCACUUGGCUUGAGCGUGUAAAGACGUUUUACAGCCAAUCAGAGGCAUAGUAGGCGGGACCUUUCCCUGCCAUCCUAUGAAAAAAAAAAAUCACAUGAGGUACAUCAGCUGAUCUGAAGGCCGGCCCACCAGCUGGACAGUCAGCUGAUCAUUGGAUCAUUAAAGGGAUAAUGAUAAUAAUAAUAAUAAUAAUAAUAAUAAUAAUAAUGAUAAUGAUAAUAAUAAUAAGGGGCGUGGCCUCUUUGAGUGACAGAUGAGAGCUGCAGACUGAUUGGAUUAGUGACCUCUGCUGUGAUGUCAUAUUUCAUCAUCGUUACCUGAAGGUUAAUGAGCAGGUAAGGUCCAGACAGGUGUGUGUGUGUGUGUGUGUGUGUGUGUGUGUGUGUGUGUGUGUGUGUGUGUGUGUGUGUGUGUGUGUGUGUGUGUGUGUUGUCUGGCUGCUCGUCUGACAUCAGAGGGUGUAACUCUGACUGUAUCCAAAACGCUGAGUCAGUUACACACACACACACACACACCCUCUCUCUCUCUUUGGGGUGUGUUAACCUAAUUAUUGUUUCCUGUAGUGGAGUCAUUGUACACACACAGACACACAGACACACACAGACACACACAGACUUGUGUUCACCUUCUGAACUCCUCUCUUCCUCUCUCUCUGUUUCCCUCUGAUGUCCCUUGACCUUCUCUCCCCUCCCUCUCCCUCUCUCUCUCUCUCUCUCUCUCUCUCUCUCUCCCUCUCUCUCUCUCUCGUCCCUCCCUCUCUCUCUCUCUCUCCAGGUCAGCUGAUCUCCGAUGACGUCUCUGAGAUCUUCACUCGCUUCAACGGACAAUACUUCACCCCUUAUGGAAACACCCUCACUACAAAGUCUGCUGGUGCCCAGUAUGAUGACAGUUACCUAGGUAACCACACACACUUACUCACACACACACAAACACACACACACACACACACCUUUGACUCAUUAUCCUGCAGACGGACUCGGAGCAUCCACAUGUGCUCCUCUCUCUGUUUCCUGCUUUAAUGAGUGAAUUUUUCUGAGCUGACGACUUUGAACCAGAAACACAGAGACCAGCAGAGACCAGACCAGCAGAGACCAGACCAGCAGAGACCGGACCAGCAGAGAGUAGACUAGCAGAGACCAGCAGAGACCAGAAGAGACUAACAGAGACCAGCAGAGACCAGCAGAGACCAGACCAGCAGAGACCAGCAGAGACUAACAGAGACCAGCAGAGACCAGACCAGCAGAGAGUGGACUAGCAGAGACCAGCAGAGACUAACAGAGACCAGCAGAGACCAGACCAGCAGAGACCAGCAGAGACUAACAGAGACCAGCAGAGACCAGACCAGCAGAGAGUAGACUAGCAGAGACCAGCAGAGACCAGACCAGCAGAGAGUAGACUAGCAGAGACCAGCAGAGACCAGAAGAGACCAGACCAGCAGAGACCAGAAGAGACUAGCAGAGACCAGCAGAGACCAGCAGAGACUAUAAGAGACCAGCAGAGACCAGCAGAGAGACGUGACCACACAGCAGACCUGAGUUCCUCCCUCUCAGAUCAGCUUCUGAAUCUGUAAACUCAAAAACCGAUGAUCUCAAACCUGAGACCGGCUGCAGGUCUCUGCUCCUCUUUGUGGACCACUUUAGAGGUCCUGCUGGUCUGAACAGAACCGAGCUGCUGAAUGAGUGACCCGGUCUCUGAUGUCUGAUGUGGUUCCUCACGUCCUCGUCUGUGUUUUCCAGGAUAUUCUGUGACUGUGGGAGACUUCAACAGCGAUGGGAAAGAAGGUGAGAAGGUCGUGGAUCAGACUCUUCAGUCCCUCAGAUCCAGGAGAAGAAGAUGAUUUAUGAUGCCGGAGAGUUUCUGAUGAUGUUUCUGAACAUUUUCCUCAUUUUUAAAAUUUUAAUCCUCUAAAAAAUCAUCAAAAAAUGAAUCAAUCAAACAAACCAAAGUUGAAGCUGCAGCUCAGAUCUUCUGCUCUCUCUCCUCUCCUCCUCAGACUACGUGACCGGAGUUCCUCGUGGAGAAAAAGCUCAGGGUUACGUGAGUGUCUCAGUUUCAUGAAGGUCAGCUGAUGAACCUGAUGGACCUGCUGAUGUUUCCUCAUCCUCUGCUGUUUCAGGUGAACAUCUUCAACGGCCACAACAUGGAGUCCAUGGUGAACUUCACAGGAGCGCAGGUGAGCCAAACCGAGACCCUCCGAGUCUGUGGGACCUCCUCACAGAGUCAGAUCAGGCGUGGAGGUCCUGCUGAUGAAGUCCGGCUCUGUCAGAGGUCUGGGUUUGUUCCUCUGAUCCGUGAACACAGAGCGCUGGAGGAUCUGACUUAAUGACAGAGCUCCUCCUCGCUCACUUCCUGUCUGUCCUCAUUACCGUCCCUCUUUAAACCGCUCCUCUCUCCUCCGCGUCUCUUUGAAGCUCCGUCUCCGUCUCUGUAACUUCACCGUAAACUCGCUCUCAGGGGUCAGACUCCACCUCCAUCACGGAGCCGCCGGCGCUCUUUUUUUAACCAGAACUUUAAAUAAACAGAUAUCAGAGGUGAAUCCUCCUCAGACCGGAGUUCAAACUCUAAUGUUCUCUCACAAACACAAACAGCUGAUGUGUCUCCUCUUCUCUCAUCAGAUGGCGGCGUACUUCGGUCACUCAGUGGCGGCGACUGACAUCAACAAUGACGGGUGAGUCUUUAACAGCUGAUCCUUCAGAGGAACAGAGUCUGUGUCAAACGGACGUCUGAUCAGUCUGUGAGGUCCUGAUCAGACCGGAUCAGACCGGAUCAAAGCCUCUUUAGUAUCUCUGCAGUAACAGGAGAAGAACCUGAGCUCUGUUUAGAAGUUCUGGAGUGACUCUCUGUUUACAAAGUGGCUCCUGAUUGGACGGCGCCGCAGAUGUUUCCUAGCGACAGAUUUCCACGUGUAAACAGGCAGAGUUGGUUUAUCUGGUUCCUGGUUUUCUGAGCGCAGACGUAAAGAUGAUGAGCACGAGUGUUUGUGUUUGUUCGCUGUAAAAAACCCGUAAAUCCUGGUUUAACAGACGCUCUGCGGGGUCGUUAAACCCUGAGCCGCCAAAUUAAAAACAGCAGAAGAAGAAGAAGAACAGCUGAUGUAAACAGUUGAAAACAAAUCGCUCUCACGUGUUUAUGAGGCAGAAAGAGGAGAACAUGUGUUCAGGGCUGAGAGGGGAGAAAAGAGGAUUCAGAGAGGAUGAAGGUCUUCACCGUUAACUGAUGAGGAUGAAGAGGAAGAUUAUUACGUCACAGAUAUUUAAUCAACAACAGUUCAAAAGCAGCAAAGACAGUUUGUCCACAGGAGGGCGCCAAAAGCCACCUCCCAGAAAAUCCCAUACAGGAGCUUUAAAUGUUUUUAGUUCUCGUUAUUUUUACGAUAUUAUUGAUUAUUUUAAAAUCUGUAUUUCAAUUUUCUGUGUUUUCAUUUUAUCGGAAAUGCUUUAAAAUGUUUUUACUCUAGAUUUUUUUAAUUAUUAUUAUUUUUCUGUUUAUUUGACUCAUUCAUCAUAAAUAUAUCUUUGUGUUUGUUCAUCCUUCUAUUUUAUUUUCCUUUAUUUACUCAGAAUUUUAUUCUAGUAUUUUUAUACAUUUUUUAUUUUCCUCUAAGUUUAUUGCCUGUAUUGCCAGGAUUGUUAAAUAAUAUAAAAAUUAAAUAGUUUUUUUAUUUUUUUAAUCCUAAUUUUCUGUAUUUCUGUCCUCUUUUCUCAGAUGUUUUUUAUUUUUAAUAUGUUAAUUAUUUACAUUUUUAAACAUUUUAUUUGUUUCCUGUUUUUGUCCAUGUCUUAUUAAAAUGGUUACCUCUGCGUCUGUCGGUCAGUAUGGUGGAUCUGCUGGUCGGGGCUCCUCUCUUUAUGGACCGAGGUUCUGACGGGAAACUGAGGGAGGUCGGACAGGUAGGGGGAGGAGUCUUAACUUUCUGCUUUACAACAAUUAUUACAAAAACUUUAUUUAGAUAUCAGAAACAUCACAAAGAUCUUAUCAAGAUUUAAUCAGACAUACACAGGUGUUUCAUCAGUCUGUGUGUGUGUGUGUGUGUGUGUGUGUGUGUGUGUGUGUGUGUGUGUGUGUGUGUGUGUGUGUGUGUGUGUGUGUCCCUCAGGUGUCGGUCUACCUCGGUGCCGGCGGGUUUUCCUUCCAGUCUCCUCAG